AUGUCUGAUCCAAUCAUAGGCGUCGUCCUAACUGAGCUCACAUUAAUCAUGGACCAGCUCAUCAGACGGGAAGUCCAACUCAUCACCGGCGUCGGAAAGAAAAUCAAGAGGCUCGAGAGCGAGUUCAAGUCCAUCAAGGCCGUCCUCGGCGACGCCGGCAAACGGCAGGUGAAAGAGCAGGCGGUCCAAAUCUGGCUGGAGAAGCUAAACGACGUCGCGUACGAGGCGGACGACGUUUUGUUCGAGUGGAUAACCGCAAUGCGAAAAGCCGAAAUCGAAGGGCUCGAGGAGAAUAAACCCCAAUCUUCUUCUUCUUCUUCUUCUUCUUCUUCGUCUUCCCCGGCGAGAAAGGUAUACUCUUUCGUCACUUUACCUUGUCUAGGGUUUAACAAAAUCACCCUUCGUCGUGAUAUAGCUGUGAGGAUCAAUAAAAUUAACGAAAAGUUAGCUGAUAUCGCUGAGGAAAAGGAUAGGUACAAUUUCACCGCCGUUACCGGCGAUGAUGAAUUCUCAGGCUACGAGCGGCCUAAAACAUCUUCGUAUGUCGAUUUGUCGAAGGUGGAGGGUCGGGAUUCGGACAAGAAUGCUGUAAUUAGAAAAUUAUUGUCUGAAAAUAGUAAAAAAGAUGAGGGCUUGAAUGUAGUUUCUGUGGUGGGAAUGGGGGGAAUGGGCAAAACGACACUAGCACAGGUCGUUUACAAUUCGGAACCCGUCGUUAGCAACUUCGAUAAACGGGUUUGGGUUUGUGUGUCUGACCCUUUUGACGAGGUUCGAGUUGCAAAAGCCAUUCUAGAGGACAUUGAAGGUAUUGCCCCAAAUCUGUUCGAGCUAGAGACCGUGACUCGAAAAAUCAGGCACCAUUUGGAGAAAAAGAAGUUCUUGCUCGUCUUGGACGAUGUUUGGACAGAGGACUUCGCCAGGUGGGAGCAGAUUUUCGGCACACUUAGCUCUGGCGCAUGUGGAAGCUCGGUUUUAGUAACAACAAGAAUCGAGACGGUUGCUAAAGUCAUGGGGAGCAAGUACACGCAUCGUUUGGGGAAGCUUUCGGAUCAAGACUCGUGGGCCCUUUUUAAAAAGAUUGCUUUUUUCGAGAGGAGUGACGAGGAAUUCGCGAGAUUCGAGGAUGUCGGGAGAAGGAUUGCAGAUAAGUGCAAAGGGAGGCCUCUGACGGUUAAGACGAUUGGGAGCUUGAUGCGUUUCAAGAGUUCCUUAACGGAUUGGGAAAAUGUCUUGAGCAGCGAGUUUUGGGUGCUCGAGGAGGCGGAGAAGCUUUUCCCGCCCCUCAUGUUGAGUUACUACGAUUUGCCGCCUGAUAUGAAACGGUGUUUCUCGUUUUGUGCCUUCUUUCCGAAGGAUUAUGUUAUAGAGGCGAGUAAUUUGGUCCAACUUUGGAUGGCACAAGGGUAUCUUGGGUCGAACGAGAAUGUCGAGGUGGAGGUGUUAGGGCAAGAAUAUUUGCAAAGUUUGGCGAUGAGGUCGUUUUUUGAAAUUUCGAAGAUGGAUAAAGAUGGGAAGAGGAUUUUGAGUGUGAAAAUGCAUGAUAUGGUCCAUGAUUUCGCUCAAUAUCUUGCAAAGAACGAAUGUUGUGUGAUCGAGUAUAAUAACUCGUGCGAUUUGGAACGAAAAAUCCGUUUAUCUGAAAAAAAGGCUCGUCACUCGACUGUGGUACGAGGUGAAGACAAAGAUUUUCCGAGUUUUCGGAAUGUUCCGAAUGUUGAAAGAUUGAUCACUCUUUGGGUUCAAUCUUUUUUCGACUCCCCACCUAUUGUAAGUCAACUUGACCGAAUGGACCCUGAUCUUUUCCAUCGUUUAUCAUGCAUUAGAGCAUUGGAUUUGAGCCGAAACCGAAUAGGCGAAUUGCCUAAAGAAGUCGGUAGCUUGAUCAAAUUGAAGUAUUUGAACCUUUCCCAUAACCCCUUUUGGGAGUUACCUCAAUCCCUUUGUCAUUUGUUCAAUUUGCAAACAUUGAAACUCAUUUCAUGUGACCAUCUAAGGAAAUUGCCUCGGGAAAUUGGUAAAUUGGUCAAUUUGAGGCAUCUAGAGAUAAACCGUACGGACAAUCUCAAGACGUUGCCGAAAGGGAUUUCUAAAAUGAAAUCACUUCAAACGUUGACCAAAUUCAUCAUCGUAAAAGGUAACGACACAACUGAUCCAACAUGCGGUAUAGAAGAUUUGAACAAUCUCGAAGAACUGCAAGGAUGCCUCAAAAUCGAAGGGCUCGGAUUUGUAACCGAUGCAAAUGAGGCCAAGAAAGCAAAUUUGCACAAAAUGAUUCAUCUUACGGAUCUUCACUUGGAUUUUAGCCCUUCGAUUCGAAAUGUCGAUCAACAUAAGGUUGUUCUUGAGGCUCUUGAGGUGCAUCGGAAUUUGCAGUCUUUGAAAAUAAGUUCAUAUGGGGGCACUGAAUUUCCGAACUGGAUAAUGAAAUUAACAAACUUGCGCACACUCGUUCUGCAAUACUGCAAAAACUGCUCGAAUUUACCUCCUUUGGGAAAAUUUCCAUCCCUCGUCACACUCCAGUUAGAAGGCUUGAAUUCUAUGAAGUCUCUCGGGCUUGAUUUCCUGGGAAUCCAAGGGAGAUCGGGGUCAGGGGCAUUAUCGGCAUUUCCAAAGCUGAAGAAACUAAAGAUUUCGAACAUGGAAAGCUGGGAAGAAUGGGAUUUGAGCUGCAAGGAUGAAAGUUUCGAGAUCAUGCCUCGUCUCAAGUGUCUGAAAAUUUCGAGCUGUAAUCAGUUGAAAGCUUUGCCUCCUUUUCUCGUUCAGAAGACACCUAAGCUGAAACUGAAAGUGCGUAAUUGUACGCUACUCAGUAACGUCUCACUGUAG